AUGGGAUACGCCUCUCUGGCUACAGUUGCGUUGCUCGCGUUACGAUUCAGUGGCGCCUUUGCACAAGAUGCAGAUGAAGAAGUCGAAAACCCAUCCACCUCCCCUAGCAUAGCUGUCAAGAUCUCGACGUCAUUUCCCUCGUCGGAGAUUUUCGGCAUCAAGCUAGUCAACGGUCACCCGACCCAAGCUCUCCUCUCUUUUUCCAACCAAGAGCCAGAACCCGUCAGCGUCGCCUUCAUUGGAGGCAGUCUUUGGACUACUGCAUUUCCUCAACAGGGCCCACAAAUUGUCCGUAACCUGACGACCACGAGGUACAAUGUGGAGAUUCCCGCUGGCCAGAGCGAGAGCAUCAGCUACAGUUUUGCUACGGAGCUUCAGCCACAGGACUUGAAACUCAAUCUGGCGGCUGUGGUCACCGAUAGCGAAGGGACUCCAUACACUCUGCCGGCGUUCAACGAGACCGUCAGCAUUGUCGAGCCCGAUACUAGCAUCUUCGAUCCACAAAUCGUCUUUCUCUACCUAUUCCUCGGUGCCGCCUUUGGAGGCACAUGCUACUUCAUAUACAGCACCUGGAUCAGCACCCUCUUCCCACAGAAGCGUCGCGGAGGAAAAGGCGGUGAACGGGCCAAGAAAUCAUCUGGCCAGUCGAAGAAAGUUGAUCCCGCGGAUCAGGUUUCUGUUGUGGGAGCCGAUGGACCUGCGGUUACUUCUAGCGCGAAAGCGUAUGAUGAAAGCUGGAUCCCUGCGCACCACAUCAACAGGCCUCAGGCUCAGAAAAUCAAGAGUAGUGGGAGACCCAAGAGCAGGAGCAAGCAGCCUGAAUAG